AUGCCUGAUUUAGAAAGAAUUCCUCGUUCACUGUGCACUUUGAUUGAUGACCUCUGGGGUUCAAAGGGUGAGGGAGAACAUCCGUCUAGAAUUGAAAUCGAACGCUUGACUGCUGGGUUGAGGGAUAAAUUAAAGGUACUGAGGGAUAUUGACCAGGAAAUAUUCGAUUUGGUAAAUUACGAAGAGGUUGAGGCAGAGGUAAUUUCUUCUGAAGAUUGGCAGUCAGAAAUACAUGCCAAUUUAAUAGAACUCGGCGCAAAAAAGUCGGAAAUUUCUAAAAUCGAUGAACAAAACACUGAAGGUAGCCAAUCAUAUUUUUUGGCCUCAACCACAAGCUCUGAUCACAUUGCAAACCUACUGAGGCUUCACUUACCCAAGUUUGCUGGGGAUCCUAGAAAAUGGCAAGAAUUUUGGGACUCAUUUGACAUAGUUGAGGGAAAUUCAUCUUUCUCCCCGGUGAACAAAUUUGGACACCUGAAAACUCUCCUAGAAGGGGAAGCCGCAGCCGCCAUUUCAGGCAUUUCAACUACCGGAGCAAAUUAUGAAAUCGCUCUAAAACUCUUAAAGGACCGUUUUGCGCAAAAAAAAAUUGUAAACUUUCACGUUGAAGCUUUAAUGCAUUUGCGCAGCGUUGUCAGUGACAAAGACGUAAAGGGUUUACGCAAACUUGUUGAUGAAAUUGACACUAAUAUCAGAUCUUUACAGUCUCUUGGAUACGAUCUGGAACAAUAUGGACCCUUUCUUAAUCCAAUGAUAAUGAGCAAAUUACCGGAUGAAAUUCGUAUAACUGUCACUAAACUAAUGCAGAGUGGGAGAUAG